AUGGCCGAAGAGGAAGAGCCCUCGACGGGCACACCACUCUGGGGCGCGGGCAGCAGCGCCGACGCAGAGGGCCAGCAAACAAAUGAAGAAGCGCCCGGCGCCGCCAUGCGCCGCGUGAAGAAACGCGUCGAGGACGACGCGAGGAGACGCAUCACGGGCGAGCCCAAGUUAGUUGUCCCUUGGGACAAUCCCGCGAACUUCCCGCCCGAACCGGAACCGAGGGGCGUCGGCGAGGCGAUACCCAUGUUGAGAAUCAGAAAUGACCGGCCCGCGAAUAUAGGAGAGGGCGAGUUCUGGCCCGACGAGUUGUUGGAUCCGUUGGAAGGUAUUGACUUCGAGUACGGCCCCGAAGAUACGGAAGAGAAGGUCGUGAGAAAAAAACCGAUUAUUGAAUAUGUGAGGGACUUUGCGUUGUUUGGGGAAUUGCCCAAGCUCAUGAAGUGGGUCGAGGAGGGGAAUGAUGUGAACAGGCCCACGGAGCACGGUACGACGCUAUUCCAUGAGUGUGUUGUGCAUCAACAAUUGCAUUGUGCUUCCUACUUGAUACAACAAGGCGCGGAUGUGAACCUCGGGAAUUUACACGAUGGCAUCACGCCGUUACACGAUGCGGCGCGCGAGGGAGAUAGAGACGUCGUGGCCUUCGUCCUGCAAAAAGGCGCCCAAGUCGACAGUAGGUCAGAAAAGGGCACCACUCCACUAAUGCGGGCGGCCGUCGGCGGGUCCGUGCCCGCGAUUCGAUGUUUGAUAGCCUUCGGCGCCGACGUCACGCUCAAAGACAAGGCGGGCGCGACGGCCGAACGAUUCGCGGUCAAGUACGGGAAUAAUGAGGCAAGGGACGUGCUCAAAGAAAGGGCGCGCGUCCUGGAGUUGGUGGCCUGGCACCGGGCGGCGGUGCGCGAGGCGGCGUUCUGGGUCCAGGAGGCCGCGGCGGCGGACGCGGCGGUUUUGCUCCAGCGUCCUUAUUUCGUCGUGCGCGUCGAUGGCGUCGAGGGGAUCGAUCACAAUCCACCGCGCAGGCGCAGCACGCGAUGGAGGCCGAGGCCGAGCGCGCGCGCGUCGAAGCGUGCGGGACCGGUGCGCGAAUCAAACGCGUCGAGGGCGGCGGUGCACCCCAUACGCCGUCGACGCGAGGUCGCUCGCGCAGGUACCGCCUCGAGCAGAAGGCCAAGGCAGAGGAGCGCGAGGAAAAGCGCAAGCAGAAGGCCGCGAAGGACCGGCAGCGCAAGCAGGAGGCGGAGGAAAGAAGGCGCAAGCUCAAAGCACUCUCCUAACAAUGUCUAUGUGUUAGUACUACUCGAGUCCGAGUCCUCCUCCCCCUCGGAAACGGGCAGGGGCGGCGCGCCCGCGACGGCGCCCACGCGGCACUUGCCCAGGAGCGCGUGGCCGUUGACCCAGCGGUGGGCCUUUUUGAAGGCCUGCGUGCAGUCGCCUCCAAAUGAGCCCUCGAGCACUUGCACACCGCCGGGGUGGUAGUCGAGGUACGGCGUAAUAUCGUAGACCUGGCCCUCGUAGACGGUCCAGGCAUCAUUUGAGGUUGCGUGGCGCCGCAGCUCGUCGAGCGACACCGUCCCCGUCAUUUUACAAUCGAUGCGCUUGCGGUUCCAGUCCAUCAGACUAAAUCCCGGCCGGACGCCCUUCUUCGUCAUGGCUUCUUCUUGUUCUCGUUGAUGAUUUUCUGGUUGUAGGCGAGCGUAUCGUCGACGGCGUCCGGGCCAGACGUGAAGUACUGCCACGCUCCCACAACGGCAGCCGCGGCGGCCCAGCCCAGCAGGUUACCCUUAGUCGGGACGAAGAGCUGCUUGAGCAUGUGUGCGGCUGCGCGCGCUGUCGAGUUGGUGGUGCUGUGUGGCGCCGCUAGUCACAGCGCGUCGAUGGCGUCUUCGCAGGCGUGCUCGCGCUGCUGCGAGAUGCGUUUCGAGGCGUGCGCAGUCGCCACAACGGUCAGCGGUCUCGCGUUCGUCGCGCGAGAGACGGUAG